CCGACGGAUGUAUAUGUUUUUAAACUACCCCUUUAGCUAGCUAGCUUACCCGAGGCAAUUGUUUUGUUUUCAAAAAUAUUAUCGAUACUUGCUUUAUUAUAGCUUACUGGGUGCUUCAUAUUGUAAAGCUACUCACUCUCUCGUCAUCAUGGACGAGGAAUAUUACGAAAGGAAUAUUGGAGACUGGGAUGGUCCGGAUGGCAAUCAGGACGACUAUGUUGAAGGGGAGAACGAUGGGAAAGUUCAGGAGGACUGCCUACAGAAGUUCUCCAGCAGAGAUUACAUCAUGGAGCCUGCUGUCUUCAACACCCUCAAAACAUAUUUCCAGGCUGGUGGCUCCCCUGAACAUGUCAUCCAGCUCCUGUCGGAGAACUACUCUGCCGUGGCACAGACUGUCAACCUGCUGGCAGAGUGGCUCAUCCAGAUGGGUGUAGAGCCUGCUCAGGUGCAGGAGCGGGUAGAGAAUCACUUGAAAAGUCUCCUGAUCAAGCACUUUGACCCCCAGAAGGCAGACUCCAUUUUUACUGUAGAGGGAGAGACUCCUGCCUGGCUGGAACAGAUGAUCGCCCACACCACCUGGAGAGACCUUUUCUACAAGCUGGCCGAGGCCCACCCUGACUGUCUGAUGCUCAACUUCACUGUCAAACUCAUCUCAGAUGCGGGCUACCAGGGGGAGAUCACCAGUGUGUCGACAGCGUGCCAGCAGCUGGAGGUGUUCUCCAGGGUCCUAAGGACCUCUCUGGCCACGCUGCUGGAUGGAGGAGAGGACAACCUAGAGAAGAACCUGCCAGAAUUCGCUAAGAUGGUGUGUCACGGGGAGCACACAUACCUGUUUGCCCAGGCCAUGAUGUCCAUCAUGUCUCAGGAGGAGCAGGGGGGGUCGGCCAUGCGCAGGAUCGGCCAGGAAGUACAGAAGUCUGCACAUCAGCGGGGCCAUGAUGCCAGUCAGAUUACUCUGGCAUUGGGCACAGCAGCAGCCUACCCUCGAGCCUGCCAGGCCCUGGGCGCAAUGCUGUCCAAAGGGGCACUCAACCCUGCCGACAUCACUGUGCUCUUCAAGAUGUUCAGCAGCAUGGACCCACCUCCCGUAGAGCUGAUCCGAGUGCCUGCGUUCCUCGACCUGUUCAUGCAGUCGCUAUUCAAGCCGGGCUCAAAGAUCAACCAGGACCAUAAACACAAAUACAUUCACAUCCUGGCCUAUGCUGCCAGUGUGGUUGAAACAUGGAAAAAGAACAAGCGAGUGAACAUCAACAAGGACGAGCUUAAAUCCACCUCCAAGGCCAUUGAGACGGUCCAUAACCUGUGUUGCAAUGAGAAUAAAGGAGCCACAGAACUGGUGGCUGAGCUCAGCACCCUGUACCAGUGCAUCCGGUUCCCAGUUGUUGCCAUGGGGGUACUGAAGUGGGUUGAUUGGACGGUCUCUGAGCCCCGCUACUUCCAGCUCCAGACAGACCACACCCCUGUCCACCUGGCACUUCUGGACGAGAUCAGCACCUGUCACCAGCUUCUGCACCCACAGGUCCUCCAUCUACUGAUCAAGCUCUUUGAGACCGAACACUCCCAGCUCGACGUCAUGGAGCAGAUGGAACUGAAGAAGACCCUGUUGGACCGUAUGGUCCACCUGCUGAGUCGAGGCUACGUGCUGCCUGUGGUCGGAUACAUCCGCAAGUGCCUGGAGAAGCUCAACACAGACAUCUCUCUCAUCCGCUACUUUGUAACGGAGGUGUUGGAUGUGAUUGCCCCUCCGUACACUUCAGACUUUGUCCAGCUGUUCCUGCCCAUCCUGGAGAACGACAGCAUCGCUGGCACAAUACGCACAGAGGGAGAACACGAUCCUGUGGCUGAGUUUAUAGCUCACUGCAAAUCCAACUUCAUCAUGAUGAACUGAGAAUGACGCUGGUGGGUCCACCUUGGAUGAGGAUGUAGUGGGAAAACCAGGGAGGGGCAGAAGGCGUGACCUCAGUUAUGAGCCAAUCAUACCUUGACGUGUUGUAUGGACCGGUGGAAGAGGAAUAGAACAAUUUUGAGGCAGACCAUUUUCAUAGACUGACCUGCGAUUUUGCGUUCUCUUCAAAUGUGGCGUAAACACAUGACUUUGAGAAUUAAAAGGAUGUUGUAGUGUAUCAUUGCUUAUCACAGUUAAUAAGGGUCUGGAGGUUUGAGGAUAACUUGUUUUACAGUGCAGCUCCAUCAUUGGUUUCACUGUUGUUUCCAUUGGUAUGUGCCAAGGUUUCAAAAUCCAUUUUCUGUUGCAUUGUCUUUUGAUUUUUAUAAAUGUUAAAAUGACUGCUCAAAAGAUAAAUGUUCAUUGAAAAGUU